ACAAACCUCUUCAUUAGCAAACAUCAACUAUUAGUAAUAUGACCUAAACAAUCUAGGCACGAUGUCACCAAGAUAUCAAAGAAAAACUAAUAAAAAGCUAUUUACUUGGGAGCAGCUGACAAAGGCUAAAGAACAUAUUGCUGCAGGCUGCAGUAUAAGAGCUGCAGCUCGAAUCGUGGGAGCAAAUGAAGCAACAUUACGAAAGAGAUUAAAAACAGGAACAGUGCCAUUAAAUUUAGGCAGAUUCAAACCAACCUUUUCAAGAGAACAGGAGGAAGCUUUGGUAGAACGGAUAAAAAUCAUACAUGAUACAUUUCAUGGAAUGUCAAGAAAACAGUUAAUGGCAGUUGUGUAUCAAUACGCUGAACAGAAUAAUAUUUCCCACAAUUUUAACAAAAAGAAAAAAAUGGUAGGAGAUCAUUGGAUCAGAAAAUUUUCUAUAAAAUAUGGAUUAACUUUACGAUGGCCAAAGAUGCAUUCAGGAAAAGUCCUUAAGUUCAAGAAGGUUGAAUUUAACAAAUUCCAUGACAAUCUAAAAAGGAUUUUAGCAGAAAAUCCUAAACUUGAUGCCAGUUGUAUCUAUAAUGUGGAUGAAAGUAACAUAUCUAUACCUGUUUCUACAUAUCAAAAGUAA